CCCGCACGCCGCCCCCCCCAAAACCCUGCCACCUGCCCACUAAAAAAAUUCCGUGGCCGCAACAACAACAACAACUGGAUUGCAAGUCGCUGACCGCACAGCACUGUCAACAUGUCUGCUGAAGUCGCCACCAACUCCAACCCCGUCCAGGACGCCGGUGCCGACGCUGGCGCCAACGGCACCUCCGUCAACACCAACGUUGCCGGCGCUGCUGGCCAGAGCGGUGAUGUCGCUACGCCCACGUCUGCCGCACCCCAGACCCACCACAAUUCGGCUUCGCUGUAUGUUGGCGAGUUGGACCCUUCCGUCACCGAGGCCAUGCUCUUUGAGCUCUUCUCUUCCAUCGGCCAGGUUGCUUCCAUCCGUGUCUGCCGUGACACCGUCACUCGCCGCUCGCUCGGCUAUGCCUACGUUAACUACAACAGCGCUGAGGAUGGCGAGAAGGCGCUCGAGGAGCUCAACUAUACCCUCAUCAAGGGCAAACCCUGCCGUAUCAUGUGGUCUCAGCGUGACCCCGCCCUUCGCAAGACCGGACAGGGCAAUGUCUUCAUCAAGAACCUGGACCAGGCCAUUGACAACAAGGCGUUGCACGACACCUUCGCCGCCUUCGGAAACAUUCUGAGCUGCAAGGUCGCUCAAGACGAGCACGGCAACUCCAAGGGCUACGGGUUCGUCCACUACGAGACGGCUGAGGCCGCCAACAGGGCCAUCAGUUCCGUCAACGGCAUGCUCUUGAACGAGAAGAAGGUCUUCGUCGGUCACCACAUCCCCAAGAAGGAUCGCAUGAGUAAAUUCGAGGAGAUGAAGGCCAACUAUACCAACGUCUAUGUCAAGAACAUUGACCAGGAGGUCACGGAUGAUGAGUUCCGCCAGCUUUUCGAGAAGUAUGGCCAGAUCACUUCCGCUUCCAUUGCUCGCGACGACCAGGGCAAGAGCCGUGGAUUCGGUUUCGUCAACUUUGUCCAGCACGACGAUGCCGCCAAGGCUGUUCAGGAACUCCACGAUUCCGAGUUCCGCGGCAACAAGCUGUACGUCGGCCGUGCGCAGAAGAAGCACGAGCGUGAGGAGGAACUGCGCAAGCAGUACGAGGCCGCGCGUCUUGAGAAGCAGUCUAAGUACCAGGGCGUGAACCUCUACAUCAAGAACCUUGAUGACGACGUUGAUGACGAGAAGCUCCGAGAGCUCUUUGCUCCUUUCGGCACCAUUACCUCGGCCAAGGUCAUGCGCGACGCUAUCCCCGCGGACCGCGUUGAGACCCCCGGCGAGGACAAAGAGAAAAAAGAGGAAAAGAAGGAGGGUGAAGAGAAGAACGAAGGCGAGGAAGGAAAGAAAGAGGGUUCCGACGAGGAGAAGAAGGAUAAGAAGGAGAAAGACAAGGUUACUAUCAAGGGUGAGAAGAAGAUUCUCGGCAAGAGCAAGGGCUUCGGCUUUGUCUGCUUCAGCAACCCCGAUGAAGCGACCAAGGCCGUGACGGAGAUGAACCAGAAGAUGAUCAACGGAAAGCCCCUCUACGUUGCUCUUGCGCAGCGCAAGGACGUGCGCAAGAACCAGCUCGAGGCUACCAUUCAAGCCCGCAACCAGCAGCGCCUGCAACAACAGCAACAGCAGCAGUUCGGCGCCAUCCCCGCACCCGUGUUCUUGGGACCCAACGGUCAGCCUCUCAUGUUCCCUCCGGGCGCUCGAGGCCAGGUUCCUUUCGUGCAGCCGAUUCCUGGCGCCCAGGGCCGCGGCGCCUUCCCCGGCGGCAUACCCGGCCAGCAAGGUGGACGUGGUGCACCCAAUGCGCAACAGAUUCCUCCCAUGUACAUGGUCCCUGGUAUGGCCCCCGGUGCGUACCCUCCCAUGAUGGCUCCUCAGUUCGGGUAUCCUCAGCAAGCUGCUAUGGGCGGCCGCGGUGCUGGCGCUCGUGGUCCGGUCCCUAUGCCUGGCAUGCAGCCUCCAAUGCCCGCUGCUGUUCCUGGUAUCCGAGGCGGUCACGUUCCCGGUCAGCCCGGCCGCGGCGGACCCGCUGGAGGCCGUCCUGGUCAGGCUCCUGUGCCCGGCUUCCCUCAGGGUCCUCGCCCCGGCCCCGCUGGUAUCGACAUCGCCGCUCUGAACGCCGCUCCUCCUGGGCAGCAGAAGCAGAUGCUGGGUGAGGCGUUGUAUCCUAAGAUUCACGAGAUGCAGCCUGAGCUCGCUGGCAAGAUCACCGGUAUGCUUCUCGAGAUGGACAACGCCGAGUUGAUCAACCUCACUUCUGAUGACGCUGCUCUCCGGGCAAAGGUCGACGAGGCUAUGAGUGUCUACGAUGAAUAUGUCAAGCAAAAGGGAGAGGGUGAGGCUGCUUCCAAAGAGGAGUCCAAAGAUGAGUCCAAGGAGAACAAGGCCUAAUUUGACUUGUAGUCUCCAAAUAGGUCUCCCUCUCUCUUGGCUCAUCGGGAGCAGUUCAUGAUUCCCGAUGCAUGACUUUCCUAUGGCGAAUGGCGCACGGAUAACGGUUACUUCAUGGCGGCGGAUGACAUUCUUCGGUUUCUCUUCCCAAAAGUUUUAUGCGGUAUUUUCCUCUCUACGGAGCCGAGCCCUAUCUUUUCUUCUCUGUUCUCGGCUUCUGGCAACUAUUUCCGGCAAUACCCCCUUGCAACGAGUAACAGAGACAUGAUAUGACGGCUGUUUCCCCCUCCACCUUCUC